AAUGUCAAAAACAGGCCCGGUAGCACACAUGUUUUUGUUUUGUUUACAAACUUUUGUGCUAUAGUUUUGUUUCUAUUUUAAUUAAAAUGAGUUUUAAAAAUUAUAAAGACAAAAUUGAUGAAGGUGAUACAGUUAUUCUUUACCUUAGCAAUAAUUUAUAUGCCUUAGAGGUACGUCGUGAAAUAAAAAAUAAAAAAGGGGAAAUGAUAGAGAAUGUUUUCCAAACACCCUUUGGUGCUUUAAAGGUAAAGAACUUGAUUGGAGCUGAUUUUGGAAGUAGGGUGGAGUUAUCCAAAGGAUGGGGCCAUGUUUUGCAACCGACGCCUGAACUCUGGUCUUUGACAUUGCCUCACAGAACACAGAUCAUAUACACACCCGAUAUUAGUAUGAUAUUAUUACAACUUGAUCUUGUACCUGGUAGCACUGUAAUUGAAGCUGGUACAGGCAGUGGCUCCUUAACUCAUGCUUUGAUCAGAAGAGUGAGACCUCAUGGGCAUGUUUUUACAUUUGACUUCCAUGAACAUAGAGCUAAAAUUGCUAAAGAGGAGUUUGAAGAACAUGGCAUUGCUGACUUUGUUACGGCACGACAUAGAGAUGUUCUGGAACUUGGUUUUGGUGAAGAACUGAAUGGGAAAGUUGAUGCAGUGUUUUUGGAUCUGCCAAGUCCUUGGGCUGGUAUCCCUCAUGCUGUUACUGCUAUAAAGGAGGAAGGUGGACGUUUCUGCUCGUUCUCCCCUUGUAUUGAGCAAGUACAGCGGUCUUGCAUCGCACUGCAGGAGCAUGGGUUUCAAGACAUAGUGACUAUGGAGGUGCUUCAGACAGAGUUGAAAGUUACCAGGCGAACUAUACCAGUCAGGGAUCUGUCCUUCCUCAGGCAUAAGAGCUCUGAAUGUCCCGUGGAAGAGAAACCAAGCGGCGACACUAGUUACGUCGUAGGGGCGUGGCCCGCGUCCACACCCGGUCACACCGGCUACCUCACUGUAGCCACGCUACCGCCGGACUUUAAGAAAAGUAAAGCAAAGGAUAUGAUGAAGUCAGAUGUUCCUGAAGACAAAUCAGAUUCAUCAGAAAGUGACGAUAGAAUGGUUAUAGAUGAAAGUGUAAAUCAAUAGAAUUUAUUCGUUGCUUAAUUAUAAGUUGACAGUGAAAUAAACAUAUAUCU